AUGUGCGUUUCAAGACUCUAUUCCUCAGUCAUGAGGAAAAAGCAAGAGUCCAUUGAGAAGGACCUGCUGAUUGGAAAUUUGGAUGUGAAAGUUUUUGAGAUUGAAAAAGAGAACUCUCAAAAGAAUAAGCAUAUUUCAGAUCUUCAGGCCAAUCUUGGCGGAUUAACUGCUCUUUAUUUUGAUCUCAGAGACAAAUUGAUUGGAAAAUUUGGUGAUGAGUUCAUAACUUCAAGUUUUGAUUGUGGAAAGGCUUCUGAAUCGUCUGAGAGAGUUGUGGUCUCCCCUGCCCCAGAUGCUAACAUUGAUGAAUUUUUGUCCUCUGGCCCUAUCACAGUUGAGGAAAGAAGGGAGAAGAAGAAGAAAAUUGAUAAGCUGAAAAAGGAUAAGAUACUUCUGAUGAAAAACUCUGAUCGGAAUACACCUAGUGAUCAACCACAGAUGUUUAUCAAAGAGAUUGGAAAAAGAAAAUUUUCUGAUAGAUAUGGUGAUCGUUCUGGAAUUCGCAUGUGGGGAUAUGAAGCUGAUAAGAAAAUGCGGAUUGUGAAACGAAAGAGUGGAAAAUUGAGUACUAUGCGAAGAAGAUUGACUUUGUGUCUUGGACAAAAGUUGAUCUUGCAGAGCUGGUCCACGCACCGUUCCACAAUCCAACAAAUGAUCCCAACAUAUGGGCAUUUAAAAAGUUCCUUGAAGACAAAGAUAAGAUGA